UUGUCACAAUUCAUCAUAUCAAGUGUUUUGGUUUUUUUAUGUACUUAUUGAAGUUUCCUGUUUUGUAUAUACGAUUAAAGGACCGACUAUUGUCGAUUUAGCUCUUGAAGCUAUUUCACAUAUAAAAAAAAGACUUGUUAUUUUUUUUCUUUAUAAGGAAAAAUGGAGAAACAAGCGGUAACUGAUCAACCACCGCCUUAUUCCUCGGCUAUGAAUCAAGGACCUAUGCCACAACCACCAAACAUGGGUGCACCAGGUCCACAGCAUCCCCCACCACCACCUGGAUACACCCCCUAUGGAGCGCCACCACCUCCUCAACCAGAACCAGGUUACAUGCCCAACUAUGGGGCUACAAAUAUCAUAAUACAACCAGUGCAGCCAACAUUGCUUGCGGUUGGAGCAUGCCCAGCCUGCCGUGUUGGCAUCCUCGAGGAUGACUUUACUUGUUUGGGUAUACUUUGUGCUAUAUUCUUCUUUCCAAUUGGUAUUUUGUGCUGUCUCGCUCUAAAGAACAGAAGAUGUUCCAAUUGUGGUGCAAUGUUUGGAUAAAUUUCUUUAAGUAUGAAAGAAAAUUACCGUCUAAUUGAAAGGCUUGAAAAAUGUUAUCCUUUUGUAUCAAGUAUAAUUAUAAUAUGCCAUGUGAUAGUUCGAAAUUUAAAACAAUAUUUUUAUUUGAUGCAAAUUUUAUUUCUACUCAAUACCAAUUUAUAAAUUAUCGAAAAAUUAUGCAGAUCAAAUAAGGUCAUGAAUUAUAUUUAAUGAAAAAUAAGCAAGGUGAUACAAAUUGUAUAUAGUUGUAUCAACAUUUGAUUGAUUUAAUAUCCAGAUAUUGAAUGGCACGCAUACUGUAUACUUAAUUUUGGUGACUCAUUGUCAUAUUCAAUCAUAUGGGUGACACAUACUUCACAAAUUGAAAACAGUGAUAUUCAUAUCAUGUAUUACAUGUCCUUUAGUUAUAGAGUACACAACAUCAAUAUAGUCUGAUAUUAUGUGAUUUUGUAUGUACCAAUACAAAGGUAGCAGUGAUAUUUCCUAUCCCUAAUACAGAUCACACCAGUUACUUUAUAUACUAUUAAUAGCUGGUAUAAGUGUAUUCAUGUUAUUUUAUCAUCAUUAUGAAAAUAUUAAGCCGAUUUUACUAUUCAUAUGUUUUUCAUUUUAUUUCAAAUUAAGACUUUUGUAUUAAUAUAAUUUUUAUUACUAAGUAGCAUUGUUUAAUUAGUUGCAGUGUCGAUUUAAGUCAUUGGUGUUUUUAAGAUUAUUUUUCAUGAAUGCCAACUCGAAGUUAUCGAUGAGUUUGUAUAUUAGAGACAGCUUGUCCCACUAAGUAAGUUUAACUUCGACAAAGAGGUCAAUCGACGAAUCUACGUCUACGUCAUAUCUUUCCAUCCAAAAAAGUUUGAAGAUGAAGGUUUUCAACCAGUGCAUGUUGCCAGUGAUGACUUAUGGAAUCGAAACAUGGACCUACACGGUUGCCAAAGCUUCAGAUUAUUCAGCGAGCUAUGGAGAAGCCUAUGCUCGAAGUUUCUUUGCGUGAUAGAAUCCGAAACGAGAAUAUCCGAAAAAAAAAACCAAAGUAACUGACAUAGCCCGAACGAUUAGUAAGCUGAAGUGGCAAUAGGUUGAUCAGAUAGCUCGAAGAACCGACAACUGAUGGGGAAAAAAGGUUAAUGAGUGGCGGCUCCGUAAGGGCAAACAGAGUGUAGGACGACUCUCCCACUAGAUGGAGUGAUGACCUCAAAUACAUUGCAGCAAGUCAUACAGGUGGCUCAGGACCGUUCCUUAUGGUAGUCUUUAGGGAAGGUCUAUGUACAGCAGUGGACAGAUGACUGAUUUGAGGUGAUAGGGUACAAUUGAACGUUAGCACUCUUUAUCCUUACAAGGUUAUAAUUUAAUGUAGAACGAUACGAUUAUAUCGUCACGGUAUAACAAUAGAGCGUAAACAA